AUGGUAUUUCCUCAUGCAGAUUCGUCACAUUUCGCACCUGGCCUGUCAAAGGCAGAGGUUUACAGCCAACUUCUCGAGCAAGCAAAGGUCUUGUUGGAUGGCCAGCGCAAUUGGAAGCAUAGAAAGCUAACAAUCAAUUCUACGGGGAAACAACAGGUAAGCAAUUUUGCCAACGUUGCUUCUCUGCUAUGGCAUGCUUUCGCCUCACUCCCCGAGCCCUCAUCCGCGGUAAACUGGGCGGGUUUUUACGUUCGGCAAGAUAAAUUCCCAUCUCUACGGUCGUCUUCCAACACGAACACCCAGGAAUCUUUAAGCACUAAAAUUCUGUUGCUGGGUCCCUUUCAUGGCAAGCCCGCUUGUCAGUUAAUUCAGUUCGGGCGGGGGGUAUGCGGAACGGCCGCUGCAAAACGAGAGACUGUUCUGGUACCGGAUGUGCUCAACUGGGAGGGCCACAUUGCCUGUGAUGCAGAGAGCAGAAGCGAAAUUGUUGUCCCGAUUUUGGUAAAUGGGGAGACCGUUGCUCUAAUCGACAUUGACUGUGCGGUGCCAUCUGGAUUUGAUGAAGUGGACAGAGAAGGACUCGAAAACCUAGCAGCAGUCCUGGCUGAAGGUUGUGAUUGGUGA